UCCAGCGGUAGAGGGCGCGCUUUCACGUGUUUAAACAAAAUGGCGACAUCCAUGAAGCAAGGCAUGCGCGCAGUUCAACGAGUUGUUCCUCUGGUUAUUCGAAGUCAAACCAGGCCUUUUCAGAUUUCAUCUAUUCUUGCAAGGGGUCAUCCAUGCUAUCGAUCUAUCAACGGUCAAGGAGCAAGUUGCAGACAGCUUAGUGCUCAGUGCCCUACCCUUUCAUCAUCAGCCAAGCCCUCGAGAUGUCUGAGCACCUCCUGCCGGAAAUACAGCGAAACAUCCGACCAACCAGCUGAGGAGACGGAACAGUUACACAACAUUAUCCAAGAUGCAGAAACAGUCACUGGGACACCAGAGAAGCAUGAGUUUCAGGCAGAGACAAAGAUGUUGCUGGAUAUAGUGGCCAAGUCGCUGUACUCGGAGAAUGAGGUGUUCAUCCGAGAGCUCAUUUCCAAUGCCAGCGACGCUCUGGAGAAGUUACGCUACGUGUCGUUGACAUCUGGGUCAGGGGUCAGUGGGGACCUUCCCUUGGAGAUCCACAUAGCAACCAAUCAGGAGGCAGGAACUAUUACCAUUCAGGACACUGGUAUUGGAAUGACGCUGCAAGAAAUGAUUGACAACUUGGGCACCAUAGCUAGGUCAGGAUCCAAGGCAUUUCUUGAGGAGUUGAAGAAGGAUGGACAGACAGGGUCGACCAGCGGGAGCAUCGUGGGCCAGUUUGGGGUGGGCUUCUACUCGGCCUUCAUGGUGGCAGACCACGUGGACGUCUACUCCAUGUCUCACCAGCCGGGCUCCAAGGCCUACCGCUGGUCAUCGGACGGGACCGGCAACUACGACAUCAUUGAAGCCGAUGGGGUCCAGAAGGGCACCAAGAUUGUCAUCCACCUCAAGAAGGAUUGCUGGCGAUUUGCCAUGGAGGCCGAUGUCAAAGAUAUCAUCAGCAAACACAGCACGUUUGUGGGCAUGCCGAUCUUUCUGAAUGGCAAACAGAUGAAUACCACACAGGCCUUGUGGACGAAAGAUCCGCGCGAGGUGUCGGACCAACAGCACGAAGACUUCUACCAGUUCCUGACCCAUAAUUCCUACGACAAACCGCGCUACACGCUGCACUACAAGACGGACGCGCCGCUGAACAUUCGCAGCCUGUUCUAUGUCCCUGGCCGACCCCCUGCCAUGUGGGAGCUCAGCCAGGACCACACAGGGGGCGUGGCUCUGUACAGUAGGCGGGUGCUUAUCCAGCAGAAGUCAGACAAGAUACUGCCUAAGUGGUUCAGAUUUAUCCAAGGUGUUGUGGACAGCGAGGAUAUCCCGCUGAAUCUGAGUAGAGAGCUGCUCCAGGACAGCGCCCUCAUAAGGAAGUUGAGAACUGUGAUCACCAGUCGUCUGGUUCGAUUCUUACUGGACCAACGCAAGAAGGACCUGAAGAUGUACGAGCAAUUCUUCACAGAGUAUGGCACGUUUCUGCGAGAGGGCAUCAUCUCGGCCAGUGAGCAGGCGGAAAAGGAGGAGAUAGCCAAGCUUCUUUGCUUUGAGACCUCAUCCCAACCUGCAGGCAACCUGACAAGUCUGCAAGACUACGCCUCCCGCAUGAAGGCCGGCCAGAGAAACAUGUACUACAUCUGUGCUCCGAGUCGUGAAUUGGCUGAGUCGUCGCCGUACUUCGAGGCUUUCAAGCAGCAAGAUCAUGAGGUGCUAUUCUGCUACGCCGAGUACGACGAGCUGACCAUGCUGCAGCUGCGAGAGUUUGAUCGCAAGCUGCUGACCUCGGUCGAGAGCGAGAUGGCCGUGCAGAACGCCGGGACAGAAUCUGCCGAAACGGAGACAGUUGAAGGCAGUCUGACGGAGGAGGAGUCUGACUCGCUGAUCACUUACAUGAAAGAUGUUCUGGGAAGUAAAGUGGCUAAUAUCAAGAUAACCCAGCGCCUCGCCCACCAUCCAGCAAUGGUGACCGUGGCUGAGAUGGGGGCGGCUCGCCACUUUCUGCGCACCGCGCUGAAGAAUCGCAGCGAGGAGGAGAAACUGCAGUUGCUGCAGCCAACCCUGGAACUCAACGGAAGCCAUCCCAUAGUGCAGAAGCUGUUUGCUUUGAAGACCAGCGAACCAGCUUUAGCCAAACUACUCGGUGAACAGGUGUAUGAUAACGCCAUGAUUGCCGCUGGAUUGGUGGAUGACCCCCGACCCAUGCUGGGCCGGCUCAACGCCUUCAUGGAAAAAACACUGGAAAAAUAUUGAAUAAGUAGAGCUGUGAUGUCAGCAAGAGAUUUGUGAGGGGGCAGGCACACUCUUCAACUUCAGCCGACAGUCGGACAAUCAUGCAUGUGCAUCCCCUGUUUGAAUAAAGCAUUUUGGAUCUUAAAAAUAUCGUGUCGAGUUGUUAUUUAUCUGUCACAAUCAAUGUGGGCGUGAGCUAUCUAUUUUAUUGUGGGGGGGGGGAGAUAUUCUUUUAAAUUUGUAAUACUUUUAUUUUAUUGGCGUUUGUCACAUUUCACAUGCUCUGAUUUUAUUUGACUGUAUUUUCCAUGUAAUAAUUGUUUUGUGUCCUGGAGUUUGUCGUUUCUUUUUCAAAUUGAUAAUUUGCAUCAUUAAAUGUCAACGGAAAAUUAUUAGCCAUAGGCCCAUAGUCACUGGAUUAUUAAAAACCCUUAUGAAAGGCUUUUUAAGUUAUUGAACCGUGAACAUCAAUUUUCUGACUUGCACAUCUUGCUCAUAAUUUACAAAAAAUCAUGUUCUUUUUCCUCUGAAAAACAAUCUGCACUCGGCAAGUGUACUAUUUAAAAGGGCAGUUUCUAUUUGUCACGAUUUACUGGUAACAAUGCACAAUUCAAUACUCGUUUUUUACCCCUUUGUAGAAACGUAUAUCGUCCCCUUAAAAAAAAAUUACCUUGAACGAGCAAUGUUUGUGUAAAAAGGUUCACUGGAUUUUUAAUCAAAUAAAUGUUAAAGGGAGGCCGAAUUGACAAAAUAUUCGAUAAGUUCCCGUGCUUUAUUUUCAUUUUGAGUGACAAUAUGGUAAAAGUGAUACAAUGUAUGUGCAUGUGUAACACGUGACUUGUGUGUCAUUGAUUUACAUCAUAACCAAACGCAACUGCCAUUUAAAUGCGAACUUUCUACAACUUAUGCAACUUUUUUUCUACUCCUCUUUCCCCCUUAGUUUGUCCAGGUAAAGUUAUUAAUUAAUGCUAUAAAAAGGUAACAGUGUCAUCAAAUAUACCAAAUAAAUAACA